AUGAGUUGCUCAGUACAACUGACACCCCAUACAGACCCCAGUGGCUUUGACAACCUGGGGUCUACGAAUAUUCUAGAUGACUUCAAAGUGGAGGAGCAUCCAGGUGAGCUCCUGGAGCCCUUUGAUGCAGCAGAACCAUCUGAGCUGCAGCCGGAGGACAUUCCUCAAAGCCCCGAGACUCUUGAGCAGGGCCAGCUCUCUUUGCUCCAGAAAGAAGGCCUGGCCCAGGUUCCACAGGCUCUCAAGGAGACUACACCUUCUCCAGUGCUGCAGGGGUCUCCAAUUCAGAUCUCUGCUGCUGAGGAAGCUGUCCGACAGCUUGUGCAGAGCGAAAUCAAUGUUCCAGGUCCACUGCUGCCUUCAACCUUGUCCAGCAUCACAGAGAUACCUAUAGAUGUGACACUUUCGAUCACGAUACAAGCAGAUGAAAUUCAAGAUAUUGAGCCUUCUGCCAGCAAGCGGGAGGAGCAGGCUCCGGAAGCUAUUGAAGAGGUUGGGUCUAUGCCUUCGCCGGAGGUGGUACCUCAGGAAGAGGAGCCCUCAUCUGAGGAAAUCAGACUGUCUCCAGCCCAGCAGGAAGCCCCAGCUCCGGUGUCGGAGACCGAAGAAGUGAAAUCUCCACCUGCAGAGUCUCAUGAGGCGACAGUUCCUCAUGAAGGUGCCCACGAAGGGCAAUUUCAAGCUUCAUAUCCUGAAGUCAAUGCUGCUGAAUAUGCUACCCGGCUAACGACUUUCAUUGAGCCAAAAGAAAGCACCCCCAACAGCACGGACAUCUGCGAGCUCUGUACCUGCAAAAAGGAGACGCUGUCAUGUGCCAGUCAGCUGCAGCAGAAGCUCCACCAAGAUUCUCAGCGAAAAUUAUUUGAAUUACAUAAGGAUUCAUUUGAAGGCCUGCUAUCCCUGCAGCACUUGGAUUUAUCUUGUAAUAAAAUACAGUUUAUUGAAAGACGUACAUUUGAAUCAUUCCCCUUUUUGAUGUCUAUAAAUCUUGGUUGCAAUUUACUCACAGAAGUGAGUUUUGGCACAUUUCAGGCAUGGCAUGGAAUGCAUUUUUUGCAUGUCGUAAAUCUUGAUCAGAAUCCAUUGACAACUGUCGAAGAUCCCUAUCUUUUUAAUUUGCCAGCAUUAAAAUAUCUAGACCUCGGAAGAACACAGGUGUCAAUCAGCACGGUUGAGAGCAUCCUCAUGAAGACUCUCAAACUGGAAAAACUGAUCUUACCGAACCCCAUGGCCUGCUGCCUCUGCCAAUUUAAAAAGGACAUUGAGGCUGUCUGCAAGACAGUCAAACUGCACUGUCGCAAUGAAUGUCUGACAAACACUCGAUCUUGUGAACCAGAACCAACGACGGGGAAUCCCAAAGCGGAAUUCCUGAAGAUACUGCAGGCCCGGAAGAGGAACAGUAGCACGGAAUUAGUUAUUGAUUCAGACAUCCCCUCCAUGCCCACAGGCAUUACUUACCCCUUGCAGUCAUCCCCGGGGGACCAAUUGGAAAGGCAACUGAACCAGCAGCUUUGGUCCCUCAUCCCCAAUAAGUUAAGAAACUUCAUUUUAGUAGUUAUCAGGACUCUGCAGAUGGACUGUGCGGACCCCCAGGUGCAGCUGUCCUGUGCCAAGCUCAUCUCCAGAACGAGCUUCCUCAUGAAGCUCCUCAGUGAGCGGCAACAAGUGACGGCCAAGGCAGAAUGGGACACAGACCGCUGGGAAGAAGAGGACGACAUCAGCGAGAGCCCAGGAGGCCAGACUGAUGCAGGAAUGAUCGAGCCAAGUGAGCUCAAAGAAGUCCCAAGAUACAGCCUUAACAAAACACUCAUCAUGGCAAUAUCUGUCACUGUGGCAGUGGUGAUCUUAAUAACGGGAGCCUGUCUCGUUGGGGUAAGGACAACGAUUCACUUAAGUUUCUAGAACAUCCUU